UUGUCCCUCUUGUCCCUUCGUCGUUCCCUUUCUCCUCCAUAAACUCACUUGUCCUACACUCUCUCUCUCUCUCUCUCUCGUCCUCUCUCGGCUGUUAUAAAUCCUUGGCACAGGGUUUGGUUUCGCUUCACCUCUCCAGAAUAAACCAUGGCGCGUCAAGCGCGGGCUCUGGUCUCCUCUAAAUGGCUCUGGGACGCUGUGAAGGCGCAGGCGAAAGUGCGCGUCUUGGACUCUUCAUGGUACUUGCCAAAGAUGCGGCGCAACGCAAAGAGCGAGUUCAAGAAGAGGCACAUACCAGGUGCGGCGUUCUUUGACAUAGACCAGUGUUGUGACAAAACGUCCCCUCUGGACCACAUGCUGCCAUCGGAGAAGAGUUUCGCAGACUACGUUGGAAACUUGGGAAUCGAGAGCGACACGCACGUCGUGGUGUACGACGCCAGCGACGUCGGUGCGUUCUCUGCGCCGCGCGUGUGGUGGAUGUUCCGGAGUUUCGGGCACAGCGCGGUGUCGCUGCUCAACGGCGGGCUCAGGAGCUGGGAGCUGGAGGGUCGGACUGUGAGUGACAAGUGCAUCAGACCGGCGCCGACAGAAUUCAGGGCCUCACUGAACCGAUCCUGGAUCAAGACUUAUGAGGACAUCCUAGAUAACCUGGACACCAAGACUUUCCAGGUGGUCGAUGCCAGGCCAGCAGGCAGGUUCAGAGGACUGGACCCUGAACCCAGAGACAACACGGAGCCUGGCCACAUCCCUGGCUCCAUCAGCAUGCCCUUCCACUCCUUCCUGUCCCCAUCGGGUCACUUCCUGCCAAACGAGGAACUCCAGGCUUUGUUCAAGUGGGCGGGCGUUGACCUCACUCGCCCCAUUUGUGUCUCGUGUGGCUCAGCCGUGACGGCGUGCCUCGUAGCGCUCGCGGCACACGAGUGCGGGCACCCUGGCGUGUCGGUGUAUGACGGAGGCUGGUCAGAGUGGUACACCCGCGCUGUCCCGGAGCACAUCAUAUCUGAAGGACGAGGGAAGCAUCUGUGAGCGGCUGAGGAGAGCAGGUGGUGUGAUGGUUUAAGACGAAAAAGAGGACUAUUUAUUUCUAUUUUGGGAAAGACUGUAAGCCUUACACUACACCAGGGGUGUCAAACUCAUUUUUGUUCAGGGGCCACAUACAGCACAAUUUGAUCUCAAGGGGGCCGGGCCGGACCAGUAAAAAUAGUAAAAUAAUAGCAUAAUAACCUAUGAACAACAAGAACUCCUUUGUUUUUUCUCCUUUGUUUUACAUUUAAUGAAGGAUAAUUUUACAAAACAUGACAUUUCUUGAGAAAUAUAAGUGCAAUUUCAACAAUAUCAUGCCUAAAUUUACUAUUUACACAGCACAAUGGAUCUAUAAAGGCACAAACAUUUAGUCACGGGUAUCUGCAGCAUUUGACAUUAUGUUUAGAUUAGUGUAAAAUUUUAACAAAUUCAUCCUGUGGGCCGGAUUGGACCCUCUGGCGGGCCGGUUCUGGCCCCCGGGCCGUAUGUUUGACAACCCUGCACUACACGCUCAGGUGUGUAUGCUUGAAGCUGCUGUUAGAGAUGUCAUCUGUUGGCUAACUUCCUGUUGGUUGCUGCCAUUAGCAUUCAGUUCCCUCCUCCCAAGUUAGGUGAAGAAAGAGAUGUAUGGCGCCUUCCAUUUGUACUCGGAACUUGGAGCGACCUCACCAACAAUGCUACAAUGCUACCGUAGAUCAUGUAAAGUAUUGUUAUUGUUAAAGAUAAUGUUGGCUUUUCUGACUUCCCAACUGGAAUGCAGUAAACUCGGCGGUGACGUCACUCCCAGUUCCCUCGAGUAUUAAUUCUGUCACCCAUUUCUUAAUGAAUGAUGCUUUUCCACUAUACAGUCCUAGCACGAUUUUCUUUUGCUUGCUUUUCCAUUAGUGAUAGUACCUG